AUGGUUGCCGCCGCGGCCCUUGAGCUCUUCUCCGCGCAUCCCUUCAUAUUCGGCCCGCUGGUCCUCGUGGCCCUCCUCGCUCUCAUCGUCAAAGUCCGUGAAUGGCGCAAGUACGGCGGCUACAACCUGCCGCCGGUGGUUUCCUCGCUCAUCCCGUUCGUGGGCAGCGGCCUUAGCUUCGCCGGUGGUCCUCUCCAGUACACCACCGACGCCUACAAGAAGUAUGGCGACAUCUUCACGAUGAAGGUGUUCGGCCAGCGUCUCACGUUCCUGGUCGGCCCCGAUGCGCACGUUCCCUUCUUCUCUCAGGGCGACGCCGAGCUGUCGCAGGACGAGCCCUACCAGUUCUCGGUCCCCAUUUUCGGCCCGAACGUGGUCUACGGCGCCGAUCUGGCCCACAGGAACCAGCAGCUGAAGUUCAUUGCGGCGAGCUUGAGCACCAAGGCUCUCCAGUCCUACGUGCCCCUCAUCGUCAAGGAGGCCGAGGACUUCUUCGCCAAGUGGGACAAGUCCGGCACUGUUGACAUCAGGGACGCGCUGGCCGAGCUGAUUAUUCUGACGGCCAGCCGUUGCCUCAUGGGCAAGGAGAUCCGCGAGAACCUCUUCACCGAGGUGGCCAAGCUGUACCAGACGCUCGACGAGGGACUCCUCCCCAUCAGCGUCUUCUUCCCCUACCUCCCCAUCCCCGCCCACAAGCGGAGGGACGAGGCGAGACUGGCGAUGGUGCGUAUGUUCAAGAAGAUCAUCGACGAGCGCAGGGCCAACCCCGAGGUCAAGCACAACGACUGUCUGCAGGUGUUCAUGGACGCCCGCUACCGUGGCGAGGAGCAGGCGCUCAACGAUGAGGAAAUCACCGGUCUGAUGAUUGCUCUGCUGUUUGCUGGUCAGCACACUUCGUCGGUGACCGGCUCGUGGACUGGUCUCCUGCUGUUCGAGGCCAACAACAAGAAGAAGUUCCUCCCUGGCGUUUUGGAGGAGCAGGAGGAAAUCAGAAAGGAGUUCGGCGACGAGCUGACGAUGGAGGCUCUCAACAAGAUGGACAAGCUGCACCGCUGCGUGAAGGAGGCUUUGCGCAUGUACCCGCCCCUUCUCUUCGUCAUGAGGAAGGUCAUCAAGCCCUUCUCCUACAAGGACUACUACGUUCCCGAAGGUGAUACUGUAUUCGUGUCGCCGGCUCUCAGCAUGCGGGUGGAGGAAGUGUUCCCUAACGCCGAUCAGUACAACCCCGAGCGGUUCGUGGAGGAGGACAAGCAGGCCCAGAAGUACCGCUUCGUCGGCUUCGGCGCCGGCCGUCACGGCUGCAUGGGCGAGAACUUUGCCUACCUCCAGAUCAAGACCAUUUGGUCCGUUCUCCUGCGCAACUUCGACAUCGAGCUUGUCGGCGAGCUCCCCAAGCCCGACUACACCGCCAUGGUCGUCGGUCCCGCUCACCCGUGCCUUCUCAGGUACACCCGUAAGUAA